CGGUAUGAACGCGUCGACCACUAUUUUUCGAAGCGCCGAAAUAAAGUUAAGACAGUUCCAAACGCGUUAAAUAAGUUUUAAAUAAUCCGCUUAAAAUAUAAUUGAGUUUAUUUAGGGUAACUGUGCCACAGAAAACAUUUUUUAGGCCAGUUCGCAAGUGCACAGACUCGAAUGUGACAAAAAUAUAUGAAAACAGGAGCUAUACGGCCGCCACCGCGCAACUGCAAAUGUAUUAGUGGUAGCGACUCUACAGGCGCAAUUUAAAGUAAAGAAAAAUAAAUAUAUAUUCCUGUACAUAGCAGUGUUUAUGCAAAAUUGUGAUUUAAAAAAACUCGUAAAUUGACAAACCUUAAUCCACAAAAAAAAAAAAAAAAACAAUUAUGUUGAAGUUUAUACGAGGAAAGGGUCAACAGCCAACAGCUGAACGACAGCGACUACAGAAGGAGCUCUUUGCAUAUCGUAAGACAGCACAACAUGGUUUUCCACACAAGCCCUCUGCGUUGGCGUAUGAUCCAGUAUCAAAGCUUAUGGCUAUUGGAACACAAACCGGUGCUAUAAAAGUAUUCGGUCAACCAGGCGUAGAGCUAUAUGCCCAACAUACAUUAGUCAAUAACUCGACGUCUGAAUUAAACGUUCAACUACUUGAAUGGGUUUAUGGGAGUGGUCGUCUUCUCUCGUUAACUGCAGCAAACCAACUAAUAUUGUGGGAGCCUGUUGGUAUUACAUUAGUGCCAAUUAAAACACUUCCUUUUGAUGGAAAAUUGAAAAAAGUAUCCUCAUUAUGCUGCUCGCUAAGAAAAGAUCUUGUAUGGAUAGGGACCGAAGGUGGCAACAUAUAUCAGUUCGAUCUAAAAUCUUUUACCAUACGUGAACCCGUUAUUUAUCAUGAUGUGGUGUUAGAACAAGUGCCACCGACUUACAAGCUCAAUCCAGGAGCUAUUGAGUCAAUAUGCCAGCUGCCAAACGCACUUAAUAAACUGCUUAUUGCUUACAAUCGUGGACUCUGUGUAUUAUGGGAUAUAGACACGUCGUCUGUAGAGCGUGCCUACAUCGCACCCGGGCACGGUCAAAGUGUUGGACUGUAUGUCAAUAACACUGGCACAGAAUUCACUUGGUAUCACGCAGACGGCUCUUAUGCUAGUUGGCUGAUCGCAAGUGGGGAGCCACCUCAAAAUGUAAACUAUGUUCCCUAUGGGCCAGAUCCAUGCAAAAGUAUUAAUCGGCUUUAUAAGGGCAAGCGGAGUGUCAAUGAUGUAAUCAUUUUUUCUGGAGGAAUGCCGCGUUCGGCCUACGGUGAUCACAACUGUGUUUCGGUGCAUUCCAGCGAUGGCAAAAAAAUCUGCCUUGAUUUUACGUCCAAAGUAAUUGAUUUCUUUGUAACAUACAAGGAAGAAAGCGAGGAUUUGCAAGUGCUUGUUGUAUUGCUUGAAGAAGAGUUUUGCGCCUAUGAUCUCACUGAUGCAAAAGUUCCAGCUGUUAAAGCUCCUUAUCUGCACUCGGUACAUGCCUCAGCAGUCACAUGUAAUUACCUAGCCUCUCAAGUCACGCAGACAGUGUAUAAGCAUAUUUUACGCGCUGGUGAUGAACAGGAUAUAGAGUUCAGUAGUAUUGAUUGGCCCGUAACAGGUGGUGUGCUACCAGAAGGAGUCGCACAGUGCGAUGAAAAUGAGACAACAAUGGAGUACGAAAUACUUUUAACUGGUCAUGAAGACGGUUCCGUUAAGUUCUGGGAUUGCUCUGGAGUUCUCUUAAAACCGAUAUAUAAUUUUAAGACAGCAAAUAUUUUUGGUCAUGAAAAUCACGAUGAAGCAGCUGCAAUUGAAUGCAAUGAACUUGAUGAGAGUGAACCACCUUUUCGAAAAGCCGGUCUAUUUGAUCCAUAUUCCGACGAUCCUCGCUUAGCAGUAAAAAAAAUUGCACUGUGUCCCAAAACAGGUCAUUUAAUUGUGGGUGGCACUGCUGGACAAAUUGUCAUAGCAGAUUUUGACGGAGACUCCAUAGAGCACGUUACGUUAAAGCUUAGUUCCAUGAACUUGGUUAGCGAUCGCGAUGGUUUUGUGUGGAAAGGUCAUGAUCAACUAAACGUUCGUCCAAAUUUAUUAGAAGAAGAUGCUUUGCCAAUUAGUGAAAAUGGCGUCAACAUAACAGGGGUGUUACAAGUACUUCCACCAGCUAGCAUUACGUGUCUAGCGUUAGAAGCUAACUGGGGAUUAGUCUCCGGAGGUACUGCGCACGGCUUAGUGUUGUUUGACUUUAAAAACUUUGUGCCAGUUUUUCACCGCUGUACAUUAAAUCCAAACGAUUUGACUGGUGCCGGCGAGCAGCUUUCUCGACGUAAAUCGUUUAAGAAAUCGCUUCGCGAAUCAUUCCGAAAACUGCGCAAAGGAAGAUCAACUCGUAACAAUCCCAACAAUCAGGUUCCAACUACAUUGGAAGCGCGACCUGUUGAAAGACAAAUAGAGGCGCGAUGCACAGACGAUGGUAUGAGUUCUAUGGUGCGAUGCUUGCUCUUUGCUAAAACCUAUAUAACCAACGUUAAUAUAACCUCCCCCACCUUGUGGUCUGCAACGAACGCCAGCACCGUUUCGGUGUUUCUUUUACAUUUGCCACCCGCACAAACUGCAGCAACAACUGGCCCACCUGCUAGUGGUAAUGCCACGCCGCAGUCUCCACGACGUAUUUCUGCACAACUGGCCAAGGAAAUUCAGCUAAAGCAUCGUGCGCCUGUUAUAGGCAUUUCUAUUUUUGACCAAAGUGGCUGUCCUGUUGACCAGCUUAAUUAUGGCGAAAAUGGUACACCGCCGCAUCGUGUCUUGAUUGCUUCUGAAGAACAGUUUAAGGUUUUCUCACUACCACAAUUAAAGCCUAUAAACAAAUAUAAGCUUACGGCUCAUGAAGGAGCCCGUAUACGUCGCAUCCAUUUUGGCUCAUUUAGCUGUCGCGUCUCACAUGAGCUUUUGCAAAGUCUUACCGGAAGCAGCCCUACAAAAUCUACGAGAUCAAAUGAUGGUGGCGAUGGAGCGGCAAAUACAAGUCUAGCAUCGGCAGCUUGCAAUAGUGAAAUUUAUCAUGAGAUGGCAUUGAUUUGUUUGACCAACAUGGGGGACAUCAUGGUUUUAUCAGUGCCAGAGCUAAAGCGCCAAUUAAAUGCAGCUGCAGUGAGGCGUGAAGAUAUCAAUGGUAUUUCAUCGCUUUGCUUUACCAAUAGCGGCGAGGCAUUGUAUAUGAUGUCGUCUUCAGAAUUGCAACGGAUUGCUUUGGCCACCUUCCGGGUCGUACAGCCAACUGGAAUGGUUCCGGUAGAACCUUUCGAGAGCGAAGGCAACGUAUCCACAAUGCCCACAAAUGAUGACGAUAAUAGCGAUAAAGAAGUCGAUUCAAACGAUGAUAGUGUCGAAAACGGUAUCAGUGCAACCAUACCCCACCCACCAAUUGCCAAGCAACGCGCCAAGCCGCUAGAGCUUAGCAUUGAAAACAAUAUCUCUCCACUUACUAAUGGUUUAAACAGCGGUAAUUCACCUAAUCGAGCCAAUGAGACAAUCACCAGCUCUAUAGGUGAUAUAACUGUCGACUCUGUGCGUGAUCACUUAAAUUCCACUACCACAACGCUAUGUUCAACAACUACAGAGGAAACUGUCGGUCGGCUGUCAGUGCUUAGCACGCAAACAAACCAAGCCACCGCCAGCGUUAAUAUAAAGGAUAUACCUAAUAUAAAUAUACCCAAUUUAUUCGAUUUGGCGUCAAAAGGUAAUACCACGGAAACGAGCACUAGCUCUGUUGUCAUAAAGUCUGUCAUAACGAGUAUAUCACAUGAAAACACAAACGGGGAAAACGAAACUUUAAAGACUCAAACUACAGCGCAUGAGAGCACAUACAGAUACCGUACAUCCAGGUGGAAGCGAGUGGGUGAAAGGAAUAUGAGUGAACACACAGGAGGAAUUGGUUCCCACUUGGCCAUGGUGCAGCAACAUAUUUCAAGCAUACCCGCUCCAUAUCCAUAUAUAGGCAGCCAAGCUUUGUCCGGAUUUAUUUAGGAUAGAUGUUUACAAAUUCCAGUCUACAAAAUUUGAAGCUUAAUAUAAUCACAAAAUUUUUAUAUGGUAUAGUUAAGGGUUUUAUCCCGAUAU